AAUGUUAACAAGUAAAUAACUGUUGCAGUUUAUUUGGAAUGAAGGGUUUUUACCUAGAGAAAAUGUCUAUGUAGUUAUGCACUUUGCUACUUGUCCUAUGCGUUUUAGCAGCAAUGAGUAUACUGGAUUAGUCUGGCUUGUUAUCUGUUGAUCUUCUUGUUGUUCAUUAAUUUAAUUAAUUGGAUUGAAAUGCAGGUGGUGUAGAGGGUUCAAAGCAGCGCAGAAGUGAGAAGAAAAGCCGAAAAGCAAUGUUGAAGCUGGGACUAAAACCUGUUACUAGCAUUUGCAGGGUUACAAUCAAGAGAACAAAAAGUAUUCUUUUCUUCAUCUCAAAACCCGAUGUGUUCAAGAGUCCAAAUUCUGAGACCUUAGUCAUAUUUGGGGAAGCAAAAAUAGAGGACUUGAGCUCUCAGUUGCAGACACAGGCUGCCCAACAGUUUAGGAUGCCAGACAUUGGAUCUGUUACAGCGAAACAAGAUAAAGAUGUUGCAGCUGCAGCAACACAGCCUGAAGAAGAUGAGGAGAUUGAUGAAACUGGCAUUGAUUUGGUGAUGACACAGGCGGGAGUGUCAAGAACUAAGGCCGUCAAGGCACUCAAGACUCACAACGGGAUCUUGUUAUACAUGAUUUUGGGGUUUGCUGUGUUCUUGUUAUUUGAUGGUGCUAUGUUUGGGGAUUGA